GAGCAUGCGCACUAGAAGACCGGGUUGAAAGUCGUGGAACCAAAUUUCUUCGAUUUCAUUCAAUCAAAAACCUCAAAUUUGCAUUCGAUUCGACUCCUGAAAAGGAACUAAAUACGUUGCAGUGAAAACAAGAAUAAAUCUCAUCUAAUGAAGCUUUAAAUUUGUCUCGAAUUGUUCGUGAUCAUUGUAAAACAUUGUUUUUUGCAAUCGGUUUGGUGUGAAAGUGACAGCCAACUGUGUACAUUUUGUACAGCCAAUGUACAGGGCGCCAAGGGCAGGAUUAAAAAGUGUACUUUCUGUUGAUUGAGACCGAGUUCUUGUUACAUCAUCCGAUUACCAAGUCGGGUUGCUUUAUGUAGGACGUUACGUUGUUCAUGAUUGAUAUUUGAAGGACGUGGAUAUUAUGUAAUUGUUGUGACGUUGUGUGAUACACAGAGAUUCGGAAUGACGAAGCGAGACGUGAGGAUUCUUCUUCUGGGUGAUCCUGGGGUUGGAAAAACCUCCCUGAUCUUGUCAUUGGUUAGUGAGGAAUUCCCUGAAGAGGUUCCUCCCAAGGCAGAGGAGAUAACGAUACCUGCUGAUGUGACUCCAGAGAAAGUGCCAACUCAUAUAGUAGAUUACUCAGCUCAAGAGCAGAGCGAUGAACAGCUGAGUGAUGAAGUAUUCAAGGCAAAUGUGAUAGCCAUAGUAUAUGCUGUUGAUGAUGAACACUCGAUGGUUCAGAUCACCAACCAUUGGUUGCCAUUAUUACGGGCAACUCUUGGGGAAGAUCAUCAGACACCAGUUAUUCUUGUCGGAAACAAAUCAGAUAUACUGGAAGACAGUACUAUGGAGACUGUGCUACCAAUCAUGGAUGAGUACGCAGAAGUGGAAACGUGUGUUGAGUGUUCAGCCAAAACGCUGAAGAACAUAAGUGAGAUGUUUUACUAUGCGCAGAAGGCUGUUCUGCAUCCUACAGCUCCACUUUACCUACCUGAAGAAAAAGAGUUGACGCCAGCCUGUAAGAAAGCUUUGAGUCGCAUCUUCAAGAUUUGUGACUUGGAUAACGAUGGCAUUUUAUCCGACAAAGAGAUCAACCAGUUCCAGCGGCGGUGCUUCAACGCACCGUUACAGAAUCAAGCGCUGGAAGAUGUGAAGUCGGUCGUCAGGAAGAAUAUCACAGAUGGAAUUGUGCAUGAUGGACUCACUUUGAAAGGUUUCCUGUUUUUGCACUUAUUAUUCAUCCAAAGAGGAAGACAUGAGACGACGUGGUCGGUGCUGAGGAAGUUUGGUUACGACAACGAUUUGAAAUUAUCCAAGGAGUACCUUUUCCCAAAACCAGUUACAGAGUUUGGUAUAUUUCCCGAAGAUGCAAGUUGCGUGGAAUACAUCGCAUUUGAUAGUCAAAGCCUCCGAGUUGGACGUGAUUGCUCCACUGAGCUGUCACACCAAGGCUACCAGUUCCUGUCCAAUCUGUUUGAGAAGUAUGAUGAAGAUCGCGACGGAUGCCUCUCACCAGUGGAGCUACAGAAUGUAUUUAGCACAUGUCCUUAUACACCCUGGGGACCUGAUGUCAAUAAUACUGUCAGCACAAAUGCACAUGGAUGGAUAAGUCAUCAGGGUUUUCUUGCUCAGUGGACACUUACAACAUUACUCGAUGUGACAAGAACCAUGGAGUAUUUUGCUCAUCUGGGCUACAUGUAUGAGCAUGAGAAUCAGCUAUCAGCUGUUCAUGUUACUCGAGAUAAAAAGAUCGACCUUCAGAAGAAGCAGACGUCGAGAAAUGUGUUCUUCUGCCGAGUGAUUGGCGCAAAAGGUGUGGGAAAGACGGCAUUCUUGCAAGGCCUACUGGGGAGGAACCUGCAGUAUAUUGCCACACUCGACAAAGAACACUUGUCUGCGUUUUCUAUCAAUACUGUACAAGUUUAUGGUCAGGAUAAACAUGUGUUGCUCCAUGAAAUGGAUGCAAAUGCUAUUGGUGACUACACGCCAGAGGUCGGGAGUUGUGACGUUGCGUGUCUCCUUUAUGAUGUCACAAACCCGCGAUCGUUUCAGUAUAUUGUGAAUAUAUAUGAGAGAUUAUUUGCCAAUAGCCCUAUACCAUGUCUAAUAGUUGCCACGAAAUCGGACCAGCAUGAAAUCAAACAAGAGUUUGAGAUGACGCCAUUACAAUUCUGCAAUACAUAUAAAAUGCCGCCACCACAGUCGUUUUCGUGUGCCGAUUCCAUUUGUAGAGAUGUUUACAUCAAGUUGGCUACUAUGGCUGCCCAUCCUAACCUGAAGCGCUUGGUGCACAUGCUUCUGAUGAAGCAGCCUCCCCUCUGGGUCCAUGACCAACUCAGGCAUUUACGAGGAGUCUACGGUCAGGAAUCCAAUGUGAUGUUAAAGAUCAGCUUGAGUUUGGCUCUGGCUGCAGGGUUAGGUUUCGUCGUCUACAAAAUUAUCCGUGCCACGACGAGAUAGCACCAAUGAUGUUCAGAGCGUAGGAGAUAGUGUAGUCCGGUUGCUCAUUCAGGAAAUGUUUUACUAAGUCUUGUGUCAUGAACUGCGUAGACGAUAAAUGAUUUAGACUCCAUCUGAGGCAAUGUUUAUCUCAAUUUCAUAUGAGCUACUGCCACAAGUAACAUUGAGCGCUCUUAAAUUAUAAAAAUGGCAUCCCUGCGAUAUCGUAGCUGAACCAACCAGAUUAUGUUGUAUUAUAUCUUGCCAAAGAAUUUAGAUAUUUUGUCAUAUUUUAAAGUUAUCUUAGAUGGAAAAAGUCAUCUCUCUAGCACUGUCAGUUGAUAACAGAAGCUAGUACUAAAUUAAACUCCACAGUUUAUGAAGCUAUUGUCUAAGUUGUAAUGUCGUUUCAAAAUCACUUAGGUAUAUUUUACUUUUACAGUGAGAGCAAAAAGUGUUUGCUUCUUUCAAAUCCUAGACACUGCUGACCGUAUCUUGUUUGAUGUAAAUCUUGGAAUUCCUAAUUUCUCUUGACUUUGUGUAGCUUAUGAUUCUACAUGUAUGUUAGUGAUACAGGGUGGUUCUAAAAACAUGGCAUGCUUGCAUGGUUGAAUAACUUUUGUUAAAAAGUAAAAUGACUUGGGCCUGUACAUUCAUUGUUAUAAGUUCUGAAUGCAUUGUUCUGAAAAUCAUAUGAGACAAGCUGUUGGAGCUGGUUUGUAGUGAUGCUCACUUACAUUAGUAGCUGCAAGUCAUUUUGAAGACCAAGGUAUUCAGCAUUGCAAUUGUGCCGUUUUUUAAACACCCUUUGUAAGGCUUUACAUCCUUUUCAUAACGGGUAAGGAGAGCCAAGAAAAGGAUAGAACUCCUAUGUUAAAAGCCAAUGUAUAGGAUAAAAUGCUUUUCACGCUGGGUAGGUAUUAUAUUUAUGUUGUCUGUCACCAGCUUUCGCCAGGGGAGAAACUUUCACUGAAAUAUUUCGUAGCUUUCGAGUCAACUGCUUGUCAUGAAGUAUUGCACAGUUUGGCUGCUUGGUUUAUGUCCGAUUCUGCUGCAGUGGUUUACCAAGCAACCUGGUGCUGCACAUGCACUGUAAAACUACUGUAGUGGAAUUGAGCCUUAUUGCUGCACUAGAAUAGAACUAACCUGAGUUGGAAUUAUGCUAGGCAGGUAAUCAUGCUAUCAUGCGCAUUAAAUUUAGUUUACUGAUCCCACUGGCCCAGAGGUUAAGGCAUUUGCCUUGUUUUCCGGGAUGUCAGUCAAUACUUCUUGACAUCACGUUCAAUCUUUUUGACAUAACAUGUGCCAAAAAGAUUUACUCCCUGCUCUCACCCUGGUGACAGGCCUGAUUACUCUCCACACAAAUCUUACAUUGUUAGAUAUUCAGAUGUUGUAGUAAUUCGGUUGUUAGUUACUAAGCCAAGUUGAAGCUGCACUUAUGAAGUAUGUAAUGCUUCUUUGUUUUUAUUCAGAUAAAAUUUAAAACAGGUCUUCGUGGAGUCCUGGGAAUUCUCAUUUACACCAAUAUACAGUUAGCUGAGUUUCUCCUAUGUUGAGUGGCUGGUUCUUGAUCCGAUCAGAAAAUGUACACAAACAUUUGGAUAUCACCCUUGAUUGUCUCUGCACUUUCAUGAUAGCAGUCAGCAACUCCCAUGACUUGGAAGAGUGUUUCUGGAAGCACAUUUUCUUGUUUUUCUACACCUGGGUAUGUUUUACCAUUGCGUUAUCUACAUGUUUUACUAAUACAUGUGUACUACCGGUUUGUAAGUAGUGGGAUCGUAGAAUUAUAUAUUUUGGCUAGGCUAGAGUUCCUCCUUUUGACUUUCAGCUGUAUACAUGUAUGAAAUCUUGCAACAUUUGUAAAUAAGAGAGGUUGUUUUUUCUUUAGAUAUUUCCAUCACUGCACAUACAAAAAGUAUGAGAUUGAUAUGAUUGAGAUUUUUUGAUGCACUCGGAGGUGCCAAUUAGUCGGUUUGUCAAUUCUCCCUUUUCACAUUAAUAAUGUAUGUUAAUGCCUGGCACUUUGAUGCAUUGUGGACGGGAUAGAGGUGUGUGUAGUCACUGUACACACUGUACAUGAUAUCCAUAUCCCUGUAGACACUGAGCUGCUCCAUCAACAAUGCCUGCCAGUGCCCAUGGUUGAUUUUAAGACAGAAACGCCCCCUCUAAAGGUAUGUAUUGCAUUUGUCACAUCCUCUGUUCACAGAAAGGUGCAUUGGUCAUCAAUGUUGUUAGGCAUGGUACUCGUUGGACCAAUUCAUCUACGCAGAAAGACAAAAAGACUGAAUAUUUUAGUUUUUAAAUGUAAAAAGAGAGUAUAUUGCAGUCAUAAGCUUUGCUGCAGAAGUUCAGUCAUCUGCUAAAGAAGUUUUGUGUGCACCUGAGUGUGAAGAACUUCACUGUUCACCAUGUAGAUACAUGAACAGAGGAGUUUUUAUGUACAUGUUUGUAGACUAAUCCGUGACUGUUGAUAUUCUCGUACAAUGAAUGUAGUUGUAAUUACCUGUGGACAUCUUAAUUUUGACACAAGAGAGUCGGAUGUUACAAUGAGUACUCCCUUCGAAGUUCAUGACAGUUACAGUUUUGUGGAAAUCCUACAAUUUUGAGAAGCCAGAAAAUCCUCUUUACUUUCUUUAGAGCAAGGAAAAACAAAUGUGUCGAAGACAUGAAGACAAAGAAUUUGAAUUUAUCUAGACACAGACAAAGACAAUACAAAUCAUCUAGGGCCAUAUCAGCAACAGUCAUGUUCAAGUUUUAUGCCGUUUGUUGAUGGAAUAAACCUUUUGACAAAAAUCACUUGUCCGUUUCUUACUGACAGUGUAGUGUUGAAGUCUUUGGAACACCCUGUACAUCUUCAAAAUGAAGCAGUAUGUGAGCAUUUAUCAGAGAUUUGAGUUGGUUGAACAGCAAGGACCUGGGUCAGAUGAUUUCGGGAAGAUUAAAUUCUAUGUCAGUCUCAAGCUCCAAGGAAGCUGUGACCUUCAUGGCAGAGACAGAUGGGACAUUUUAGA